AUGCCGUCGCUCCUGGACUUGCCCAACGAGCUGAUUACCCACAUCGCUGAGUGCCUGGUGUCAAUCGCCGUCAAACAGUACCCAUACCUGCUCUGUUGGGCCGCCGACUCUGGUUAUGUCGACCUCGUCAGAAGACUGCUGCACGCUGGCGCUGAUCCCAACAUGGCCUUCAUCGCAGAGUACAUGCAUCCUCCCGGGUAUGAGCAUAAUCGAUGGUUACUGGGGAGUUCUUGCAUCCCCGCGAAGAUGGCUCUCAACUCAAUCUACUGCCAUGAAUCACACUCGGCGGCUUUGACGACUACGACCGAUGAACCCUGGCUAGGGGGCGAGGACGAGCUCUCAGAGAGCGAAGGCGAGUCCGAUAAAGGCCUAUCGGUACCAGUUCCUUGGGAUGCUCACCGGACAGGUGGGGAGGAUCUGUUGCGGCCCAGCAGUACAUCGACUCCUUACUGGUUUCCGCUGCAUGCCGUUGCGCGUUCCGGACAUAAGAGCACUGUCCAGCUGCUUUUCGACAGCGGUGCAUCGCUCAACCCUGCGUCCUUCCUCUUCCCCCAAUAUCAUCGGAUCUGGGGAGCUCCCAUCUCAUUGCCGACUCCACUUCAAUCAGCUCUUAAUGGUCGAAAAGACAGCACCGCCAGCUUGCUCUUAUCUCUUGGGGCGUCUAUCAACGUGGAUCUGGCUGAGACCCAGAAAGGCCGCAGCGCCCUCCACGUCGCUGCAAUGAAUGAUUUCUCUCUACUGUUCAGCUUCUUGUGGAAGGCAUUUACAACUUGCAUGUAA